AGAAAAAUCAGACGACGCCGAACCCCCAAAAAGAAAAAAAGAACCAAAAAAAAGCUUUGAUCGAUCGUUAAAACCUAAGAAAUGGAUCCAAAUUCGCCGGAAUAUAUCAUUGAUCAGCCGCUUAAAAUCUUAGGAUUUGUAUUUGAAGAGCUUUCAGCCACCAGAGUCUCCGGCCACCUCACCGUAACUGACAAAUGUUGCCAGCCGUUCAAAGUCUUGCACGGCGGCGUAUCAGCUCUUAUCGCCGAGGGACUCGCCAGUCUCGGCGCCGGAAUCGCCUCUGGUUAUAAACGUGUUGCCGGUAUCCAUCUCUCCAUUCACCACCUCCGACCUGCUGUUCUCGGUGAUUUCGUUUUCGCCGAAUCUUUUCCGGUCAACGUUGGCAAAAAUAUUCAGGUAUGGGAGGUCCGGUUAUGGAAAACCAAGAAGACCAAGAAAUCGGAAGAGAAAGUAAUGGUAUCAACAUCCCGAGUUACUCUCUUUUGCGGUGUACCUAUACCAGACCAUGUUAAAGAUGCUCCAGACCAGUUGAAGAAGUUUGUAUCCAAGUUGUAAUUCAAUUAUUCAAAUUCCCACCUAUUUGGAUUAUGAACUGUUGUACGUAGUUUGGUUUUAUUGUAUCUACCAAACGAUUAAAUAAAUUGAUGUAUCAGACAUGACUAUAAGAUUAUUUUUACAAAUUGAUACGUUAUUUUGGGUUA